AAGUAAGCAGUUUUUCUGUGGUGUAUAUUUUAGUCGUAUUGGAACCGACGCCCAAACAGGUUCACGUUCACUGUAAAUGCGUGUGUGAAGAGGAAUGUCGAUAGAUAUAAAGAGAGAGCUAGAGCGAGAUGAAAGUAUGGACUUACUGUGAAAUUGUGAUCAUAUUUUUUAAACACUUUUAUCGAAAGUAUUUUCCCUAAAUUUGUUUGACCUUAAUAGAAAUUCGACGAUUUCAACUAGCUUGGAUAAAUUCGUGUGAAUAAGACCAAUUUGCAGAAUAUUAAACAGUGUAAUUAAAAAUAAGGGUCGCAGAUUAUUUUAAAAUCUAUACAAAAAAUACCAAAACCCUUUUAAUACUAUUAAUCAUACGGGAAUGAAGUGGCCAUGAGGAAAAAACAUGUUAAUAAUAAACAUUAAGAAAAAAAAACUCACGUUAAUAUCAGCAAUAUCAGUUUCUGAUCGGCAUAUAUCAAAACAUGCUGGCAAUAUUCUGUUUGAAAGGUCAGCUAAGUUAUGGUUUACAUUUUGUUUAAUAUAUUUGCUUACACAGCAAAUAAAUGCUCAAAAAAUGGACGGCCAAAUGUCAAAUUCAAAAAUAAUAAAUAGUAAUUACAAAAUCAAUAGCAAUACAAAUAUCAAACAUAGACAUCAAGAAAGUGAAGAUCCCCCAGAGGAAAUACUCAGCCACAUAAAGAAAUUAAAACCAAAAUGUUACAUUUUUCAAAAAGCCAAAAUAAACCACCUAAUACUAGUUCAAAUAAUUAUAGUCUGAUUAUUCUAAGACCGUCUUCGAAUACAUAUCGCAGAAGUAAUGCUAUAAUACCUAGAAAAUCCAGAGAUAUUCCAAAAGUUAACAAUAAAAAGUCAACCAAAAUUGAUGAAAUUAAACUUAGGCGCUUAGUUCUAAAGGGCCUUGGAAUGAAGAAGAUGCCAGAUAUGACAAAGGUUAAUAUAAGCCAAGUUGAGUACUCGAACAAAUACAUAGAAUACCUAGAUCGUUUGAGAAGUAAUCAUGAAAAUUCGGAGUACUCCUUAAAUAGCCAAAUGGUAGAGUCUUCUAUAAGUGACUUGCACUUAUUUAGUAUCGUUACUAACAGAUUCAAUGACAUAAGCCACAAACGAUGGCGGCACAGGAGAUCACUUGAUGCCAGAAAAUCCAUGACGAACAUUCUCCUGCACUUUCCUUUGUCAAAUAUUAAGGAACAGAAAUUGCAACAUAAUAAAAUUGAUGAGGCGAAUGUGAGGUUAAUGAUCCUUUAUAGCUCUUCUCUGGCAAAGGUAAACAAUUCGCAUCGCAAACACAAUAAUAAAAAAGAAAGUUAUGAUAAGAAUUGUAAUUUUGAUAAGCCUAAAGGGAGAAGAGUCCCACAAAACCGUCAGAUAAACCUUAAAGUUUAUCAACUUCUUUCGUCGAAUCGAAGAAGACUGCUGACGUCGCGAAAAAUCCAAUUCGAGAAUAUCAAUUAUGAGGAGACUCGAACCCAAUGGCUGGAGUUCGAUGUGACGAGAGCGGUAAGGGAUUGGUUAAGCAAAGCCCAUCCUAAUUUGGGGAUUGAAAUUCAGUGUGAUCGAUGUAAGACUCUGGGUGUCCGUGUACUGAGCGACACUAACCCUACGGCUCAAAAAUCCUCUACAGGGGAUGAAGAACUUUUUAAUCUAAUGCCAGUUUUAAAUAUAAUUGGCCAUGGAGCUAUGCAAUCGGAUUCGAAAGUCCACCACAUAACACUGACACACAACAAAAGCGAUCAUGAUCCAUACGUGCAUCAUAACACCCGGUGGGGGGAACCCGUUAAAUGGAACAAUUCAUGCUACAAACUACACCAAAGAUGCUGUCGCAAUCAAUUGGAUGUGGCCUUUAAAGAUAUUAAGGGUUUUGAGUUUAUAUUGCAACCAAAAGUAUUCGAUGCGGGGUAUUGCCACGGACGUUGCCCGCCACGUCAUAAUCCUGCCCAUCACCAUGCUCUGUUGCAGAGUUUAAUAUGGCAGGAGGAUCAUAGUCGAGCUCCACGGCCAUGUUGUGCUCCCUCCAAGCUGGAAAUGCUCGAAAUAUUGCAUAUUGAUGAAAAUCAUAGCGAUAAGCUCAAGAUUUCCACCUGGAGUGAUAUGCAGAUUGUUGAAUGUGCCUGUUCCUGAGGCUUUCUAUUCUAAUUCUAAUUAGAGAUGGUUCUUUAUACGUUUCUA